AUGGUGUGGAGAGUGGAUUUUGCUCUUGGCUGGAUGGGAGUCAGCUGGGCCAUCCGUUCUACAGUGGAAGUGUUCAUUUCCAGUUACAUGGUGUUGGCACCUGUGUUUGGCUACCUGGGUGACAGGUACAAUCGGAAGUAUCUCAUGUGCGGGGGCAUUGCCUUCUGGUCCCUGGUGACACUGGGGUCGUCCUUCAUCCCCAGAGAGCAAUUCUGGCUCCUCCUCCUGACCCGGGGCCUGGUGGGGGUCGGGGAGGCCAGUUACUCCACUAUCGCGCCCACCCUCAUCGCCGACCUCUUCGUGGCAGACCAGCGGAGUCGGAUGCUUAGUGUGUUCUACUUUGCCAUCCCGGUGGGCAGUGGUCUGGGUUACAUUGCAGGCUCCAAAGUGAAAGAUAUGGCCGGGGACUGGCACUGGGCUCUGCGGGCAAAUCCCUGCUCUCGGGGCCUGGCGAACAGCAGUGUGGGGUGA